AUGGUCGCGGACGGAGUGACGGCAGCGCUGGCCGCGGACGACAAGCUCGUCAGGACGCAGGUCAAGCUGACGAUCCCGGAGACGAAUCCCGAGAUGGAUGUGUAUCGCAUCGGCACACUUCUCGAGAUGGUGCGGGAGCUGGUCACGAGCCUGUGCGCGGACGGAAAGCCCGUGAAGGUGUGCGUGCAGGGGUCGAUGGGCCGCGGCGUCUUCACGGCGCUGCCGCUCGCCCUCUCAGGAGUGAACAGGAUCCUGGAGAACAUGGACUGGGGCGAUGCAGAGGAAUUCGUUCGUUUCGGCGCAAUCGGAGCGGACGAAGUGGACGAUUCGUACGCUUACAUCAUCGUCGCACCCCAGAACAUGGUCGGCGCGAGCGUCAUUGAGAGCCUGGAGGAGAUGUCCAAGAAGGUCGAGGAGGACGGGAAGCGGAUCAUCCUCGUCAACCCCAAACUCGAGGACCGUGCGAGCUCGGGCGGCGUCAUGGGCGUCCGGGGGCGGAGCGACAGGCUGGCAUUCGCCGCAACCUUCGACACGAUCGUCGCGUUCCGUCUCCUGUACACGCAGGGGACGUUCUACCCGAUCGUCGGAGCCCUGCGCUAUGUCUACGGCGAGGGCAGGAAGUGGGAAAUCUACGACCGGGUCGACCUGCCCAAGCGGCAAGAGAGGUACGACUUGAUCGCUACCUUCGACAGCGAACCGACCACGAGCGACAUCACUGAGAGCUUCGCAAGGGUUUAUGGGUGA